AUGCAUAUCGCUUCCCUCGCUCUCCUGGCCGGUGCCACUGCCGUCGCGGCCGACACAGUCACUCUUUUCCUGCCUGGAUUCGACCAGCAAAACCUCGUAGGCAGCGUUCUCGGAUCUAGUGCCAAAAUGACCACCUACCUCGUCCAAUGCGCCUCCGGCGAAGACGCCGAAGACUGCGGCGUCCCACCCGGCGGCGUCACCGUUAUCCAGGGUUCUUCGACCGCCGCUAUCAGCUACGGCAUGGAAGGAAUUACCCUCGAUGAGCGCUGCAAUUACGACGCCACCAGCGUUACUUGCUCCGGAAGCAUGGUUGAGAGCGGCAUUUCCUCUGCUUUGAACACCGCCGUACCUUUCUCUGAAAUUCCUGGUGGCGCUUUUCUGCCUGUUAGUAUCACUGCCACGGGUAGCUCCAGUGCUUCCGCUACUACUGGUGCUUCGGCUACUGCUUCUACUGCUUCCUCGACUGGCGGGUCUAGCAUGACUACUUCUGUUUCUAGCACUGCUACUGGUACCUCUACCAACUCUGAGAGCAACAGUGCUGCUGCUACUGGCACCCAGACUUCGUCUCCUAAUGCUGCUUUGCCCAUGAUAACUGGCAAUGCUCGCUGGGCUGCUGCUGGUGGUGUUGCUGCUGCUAUUGCUGUUGCCGCUCUCUAG